AUGAUCGAGAAGCGCCCACAGUUGGUCGACGCGAAUCUUAGGCUCUUCCACACGUCCUUGUUCCUCGGGAAUAACUGGGGCGCGGUCUCGGAUAUCACACUGCAUCUCAACCAGCAUUUCAAUCCCGCGGCGGUCAAAGAUGGAGGGGACGGAAUUGAUAUGACAAACGAAGUCAAGCCGGACAAGAACUUCUCGGAUCCGAGGCCUUUGGUCUUGGGCAUAUCCAGGGCCAGCGCCUGUUACAUCGGUGCCUUGGACGACGAAGGAAGUUCCCGGGCAGCCGUCAUCAAAGAUUGCUGGUGGCUACGACUGCGCAUCAAGGCCAGCGCGCUUUUGAACUGGUCUCGACGGCACGGACCCUACAACGUGGUUGUGCUACCCUUUAACAAGAUCGCUAAGCUCAAUGUCUCCGUCACUGAGAUCGCGGCCAUGAACUUUGUGCGUGCCAACACAUCGAUACCUGUCCCCAAAAUCCUUGAGAUUUACUACGAUGCCAAACAUAAAGCUUUUGCCAACAUUGUCAUGACGAAGCUUCCUGGCAAGGACCUGGGCGACGUGAUCCACGACAUGAGUGAAGCGGAACUUAAGUCGGUGAUGAAGGAGCUAUCGGGGUACAUAAAGCAGAGGAGGCGAUCUGGAUGUGCCUUGGGCCUUUCGGGUUUGAGUAAUAGGAUAGCGAUGCUCGUUACAAUGAUUCAAGACGUUUCCUGA